CAGCCAAGUCGGCUCUAAGCCGUGCUUUGGCAGGCACGAUAAGCAUCCAAUCCAGUGUGCAAUCCAAAAGUUAGUCGUUAUUUGGCGCGAAAUCGUUCGCAUCGGAAGGUGGGAAGGUUUUGCUAUGCAAUUUUCAGGUAGUCGAAGAAAAAGGCACGUUGAUGCAGGCCCUACGUUGGAUAAAGUUCAUGGGGGAACAGUUUUGCAAUUUUACUGCUCUCCGCCAGUGGAACAAAUGUCACUCGAAGAGGUGGAGGAACUUGCUAUGGAGAGAUUGAAAGUACUGAAGGUGUUUGAAGACGCUGGAGUAAAAUUUAGUCGUUCAUCCCAAGACUAUGCAAGUGCUAUCAAGGAAGAACUCCGAAAACAAAAGCUGAAAUCCUACAUUGAAACAGCCCCAUCACUGCGUAGCAGAGACAAUACAUCUCAUUUUAUACUACAGCUGAUCUUCUGUCGGUCACACGAGUUACGGCAGUGGUUUAUCAACCAAGAGGUAGAGCUGUUCCGAUUUCGCUUCCAGAAUGAGACUGCAUCCAAUACAAAGGCAUUUCUGCAAGCAAUAUGCCCUGAGUAUCAGCCGAUUUCUGCUGAACAGAAAGCUUCAUUGAUGCAGCAUUUGUUAGACACUUUAUCAGAUGGCUCUGAUAUGGACACAAUUUACAAGGUGCCAUUCACAGAGGCUCUAGAGCUGGUUUCAGAGAGAGCAGUUUACUUACAUGCGGGCUAUGCCUACCUGCCACGAGGAGGACUCCUCAGUGUGACAGCUGCGCGUUUCAGGGACCAUCUUUCACGAAUGCUUGCAAACACUGUGAGGAGAUUACCAGGGCUUCAGGAAGAUGAGCGGUUGCGACAGCUUUCAUCUGCUAUAGAGCGAGCACGAGGAGGUGGUGGCUUUCGUCUGGGUUCUGCUGCAGGUGUCACUGCAGACAUGAUAGACCAACUCUGCAAGGAAUCGUUCCCAUUGUGCAUGAAGGCAAUGCACGAAGUGUUACGCAAAAAUCACCAUUUGCGGCACGGGGGCCGUCUUCAGUACGGCCUCUUCCUUAAGGGAAUAGGUCUUUCUCUAGAGGAAGCCCUACGUUUCUGGAGAGAAGAAUUUGCGCAACACGUCGGGGCUGACAAUUUUGACAAGAAGUACAGCUAUAAUGUACGACACAGCUAUGGUCGUGAGGGUCGUCGCGCAAACUACACACCUUUCGGCUGUACAUCCAUCAUUACGGCAGCUAUACCGGGUCCAACGGACUGCCAUGGUUGCCCGUUUGUGCAUUGGAGCCGACCUCAGCUUAAAGCUAAGCUACAGUCUGAAGGUGUCACUGGCCACAACCUUCAAGAAGUUAUGCAGCAGGUGGAAAGUGGCCACUACCAGCUUGCUUGUACUACAGUGUUCAGUGUGACUCAUGGUGGUCAAAACCCCGAAGCCAUGGUUAUUAGUCACCCCAAUGAAUACUUCGAACGCAGUAGACAAGCACGAGAUAAUAAGUGCUCUGAAUCCAACAGGAAAAAGGAAGAUAUGGACUUUGCAGAUGACCUUGAUGAUGCAUGCCUUCAAGCCCUCCAAGACGCAGAGGUCCCAGAGAGCUGAAAUAAAGUCAUUAACAGAAAGAAUCUGUAUAUACCACA